UAUAAAGGGACGCCGGGUCGCAACGAGCCUCACAGUACCGCUUCGACUGUGAACGCGAUAGGAAUUGGAUUGUCUAUUUUACAAAGCUCCUUUAUCUUUUGCAAUAAUUACAUUCGAAUGUCUUUUCAAGCGCUAACGAUAUAAUCGACGUUUGGUAAUAUCCAUCGACAAACGGGACAAUUCGGGUGUACAAUCUACGCCUAUAACUGCGCAGUAGGGCAUAUUGUCUCGCAAAGGCCAAAGCUGUAAAUCUUCGUUACUUAUACCGGUUUCAUGAUGAGACGAAUGAGCGAUCGUGGCGGAGAAGGAUCAGGACCAGCUCCUCAGCUAGAUGGCCGAAGAAAUUCGGUCGUUACGAUGGAAAGAGUGUCAUCGACGUUGUUUGGCAGUAAUCGUCAGUUGGACGUUAUGGACAACAUCGCAGACCUAAAAGCGAGGAAGGUGCGCUUAAGGAUGUACAGGACGUCGACGGAGCAAGUGUACGAAAUGCAGCCGCUGGAGGGUAACAGUUCUGUUCAACGUUACACUGAACAGCCGAAACAACGAUUCUUUGAAAUGCCUACUCUGUCGGUUUCGCCGACGUCUUCUCUCCGAAAGCGCGUCUCGGAACUGCCAAGAGCCGCGAGAGCACCCGUUUUCGGUGCUGCGGGCAUGGUCUGCUCUAAUAGGGAUCUGAUAUCGAUCCUAAGCUCGGUAGGGUCUUCCGCGACGGAAAUGUCGAAGAAGCCGGAAGAUUUAGCAAUGGCCAGUUCAAGUCUUAGGUUCGAUGAAUUGAAGGUAGUGAAGGCGGUGAAGAAAAUGUUCGGUAAAAAGUCCCCUAAUAGCGAGGUCGUAUGGGACAACACUAGUGGAACCAAAGUGGACGCUCAGGUAUUUGGUAGCGCAAUUGAGAAGAUAUUAACGGCGCAGAAGGGAAACGAUACGGAGAUACCGAGGGCUUCCGGGUCGAGCGGAAAGCCCUCGGUAUCUUCGAACAAACCAAUGUCAGGUGAAGUGACAAAUUUGUUUUGGAAUAGCAAGAACCAAAAGCAGACGGAAUUCAGCGAACCGUCUCUCUGUUCUUCCCUAAAGGACCUAUUCAAGAAGUAAUGGGGAAGAACAAAUACUAAUAAAUGUUAAGUGUCUCUAGUUUAAUUAACACUUCUUUAUCUAAGAAUUUCUUCCCUAAAAGACCUAUUCAUUAUGUAAUGUAGAAGCACAAAUACUAAUAAAUGCUAAGUUUCUCUCGUUUAA